AUGGCACCUGGUUCCAACAUUCCUUCUUCAUCGUCUGCUCCAUCUUCAUCACAUCAACCAUCCGAUAUUCCUGAAUCAUCAGAAACACCUCGAAAGAAACAGAAAUCUCAUCAUCGCUCCAAAUCAAAGUCAAAAUCAAAAUCAAGAUCAAAAUCCAAAUCCAAAUCUAGAUCUAAAUCACAAUCCAACACUUUCACUACACCUUCUCCAUUAACUUCUACAUCUUCUUCCUCUAAAACCUCACCAUCAUCACCAAAUAUUGAAAAUCCUCCAAUCAAAAAGUGUAGAAUCCGUCUACAAUCUCCUCUUCAACCAAUUCCAGAAGAAACUUCAGAGGACGCACAACCAGAACAUCAUGAUGAUGUAGGUGAUACUGAGGGAGGGGUUGAAAAUGUAAAUAGAGAAGUUGAGAGGUCUGGGUUAGGAACAGGGCAAAAAGAAAACGAUGGCCCUCCGAUAGUUGAACCAACUAGCCGGGAUGCCACCACUAGGAUAGAAGCCAAGGACUCCCCAGCCUCGCACCGUUCAGCUUCUCACCACUCUGGAUCCUCUCAACAAGAUCCACUUUCAUCAUUGCACAGGCACAAACCACGUCCACUAUUGACUCCUCAUUCGGAGGAUGUUGAUAUUGAAACAGUGGAGACUCAUGCCUCUCUCCCAAUUUCAAUUGCUAACACAAUCAAGUCUAGAUCUCCUAGGUCACACAUCUCUGAGCACGCACUUUCUUUGAAUGAUGCAACAACAGACCGAGAGUUGGUGGAUCCACCUUCUCAAGGAGUGUCUGGAAGUCCUGUUCAUGUGUUCAUACCACAAGUAACCUUAACCAGCGCGACAGAAUUAAGCUUUGAAGAAGCAAGGUACGCCUUGCAUUUUCGAUGCAAAACUCCCAGUCCAACGGGCACUCUUGAAGAUCCCGGAAGUCCCACCAACCGGAACAUUGUUCUUGGCAUUCGUGCUAGGACAACUGAUUCUGAAACAACCAAUGUCGAGCAUUUGCUUCAUAAAUCAUUGGGAAGCCCUGCUGGUUCUCCACCUCCAGGCCACACUGUAAACCCUCCGGAGCCUACAGUUGUGACAACGACAUCUACGUCGGUCGUACCUAGCAUCCCUGUGUCACCUGAAACACUAGCCGCAGUGCUCCGUGUCGAAAAAGGCAAAGCCAUUGUCAACCCUUCUGGUUCUGUGUAUAAACCACCGGUUACCUCCGAACGACUUAACAUUCCCUAUGAUCCAGCAGAACUUGAAUUAUAUGAAACUCUUGAUGCUUUUGGCCAACUUCACACCAAGCACACAAAUCCUCGUCCACCAAAACAUUCAUCACCACCAUAUUCAUUUCCCUCCUCAUCUUCUUCCAACUCUCAACCCAAGAAACUCUCUGGCCCUAUGCCUCCUGAAAGCUGA